AUGGAAUCAACCGUGAACAGUGGAGUGAUUCUUUCAGUUUACAUCAUUUCAUUCCUAAUCGGCUUCCCCUGUAAUCUCUUGGCUCUCUAUGCAUUUAGUACCAAGAUUCGUUCCAAGCCACGUCCAACAGACAUCCUGCUGCUCAACCUGACUGUCUCUGACCUGAUGUUUUUGAUCAUCCUGCCUCUCAAGAUGCACGAGGCAGCAUCUGAUAUGGAAUGGAAUCUGCCCAACUUCAUGUGCUCCAUCACCUCCUUCACUUUUUUCUCCACAAUCUACACCAGCUCCUUGUUGCUUAUGGCAGUCAGCGUGGUUCGCUACAUAGGAGCAGCAUUUCCUAUCACCUAUCGUAAGCUGCACAAACCUGUGUAUGCAAUUGUUAUCAGUGCUGUUAUUUGGUUGAUCUCGACAGCACAGUGCAGUAUCAUUUUCACCAUCCAGCACCACCCAUCUUUGGCCAGCAAUAAAUCCAGUACUUGGUGCUAUGAGCACUUUACAGAAAAGCAGAAGCAGAUCCUCCUCCCAGUACGUCUGGAGGUUUUCUUUGUACUCUGCCUCAUACCUCUUCUAAUUUGUGUUUACUGCUAUUUGCGCUGCAUCUUGAUUCUAUACAGCCAGCCCAGGAUAUCCCAGAUGCAGAAACAGAAGGCCAUUGGAAUGGCCUCAGGGACUCUUGCUGUGUUCCUUAUUUGUGUUCUGCCAUACAAUUUAUCUCAUUUAGUGGGUUACAUCCAGGGACAAAGCCCAGAGUGGAGGUACUACAGCUUGCUGCUUAGUUGUUUCAACACCUGUAUUGAUCCAAUCAUUUUCUACUUUUCCUCCUCCAUCUUCCGCUUGUCAAGUGAAAAGUUCAUUUUCAGGAAUUGGCCCCAGCUGUCAGAGGGCAAGAGCUAUGGUCGCGAGCUGUGGGUAGUGACCGAAAGAACGAGAUCACGGAUACAAGUGGUGGAAAUGGGCUUCCUCCAAAGGGUGGCUGGCCUCUCCCUUAGAGAUAGGGAGGAGGCCCCAGGGCAGACCCAGGAAACGCUGGAGAGAUAUAAUUUUGCAGAUGGCCUGGAAUGUCUUGGUGUUCCCCCAGACAAGCUGGAGGAGGUGGCUGGGGAGAGGGAGGUCUGUGCUUCUCUGCUUAGGCUGCUGCCCCCACGACCUGGACCCGGAUAA